UGAACAAUCGCAUCCGAAAUGAGUUCCAAGUCGUUGCCAACUGCGCAUGUGAAGUCUGAUGAAGUCAACUAUUUAGUCUUUCGCUACCUCCAGGAAUCUGGCUACGUCCAUGCAGCGUUCACGUUCGGAUAUGAGAGCCAAGUUGUGAAGAGUAAAAUUGACGGCUCCCAAAUACCACCCGGCGCGUUGUUGUCCUUUGUACAGAGAGGAGUCAAUUUUUGUGAAAUCGAAGAGACUCUCAAGCAAGACGGCAAGGCCGGGCCUGGGCACACAACUUCAGCCCUUAAUGGGGUUACCUCUCUUUUGGAUGUGCAUAGAUGUCUUUGUAAUCAGGAUUUCAAGAUUAAUCGCCCGGAGAAGCCGGCAAGUACCGGGAACGGUACAACUGGUCCCGUUGGAAUGGACGUUGAUGAGAAGGAGGUCUUGAGCCAUGAAGAAAAACCGGGAGAGCGGAACAAGACGAGCACGGUCGACGUGCAGGAAUCAGAAGCCCUCAUACUCAAGGGCCAUAUAUCAGAGGUAUUCGUGUGCUCCUGGAAUCCGGCAACGUCGGUUUUAGCGACUGGUUCCGGAGAUUCAACGGCGCGUAUGUGGCCAAUUCCUGCAAGUCUACCGCUCGUGUCAUCGGCCGCGGCGGCGCAAGCCUCACAACCCAUAGUUCUGGAACAUGCAACUGACAGAAACGGAAACGCCAUGCUUCCCAUGCGGAAAGUCAAUGAUGUCACGACCAUUGAUUGGAACCCAUCUGGGACUUUGUUAGCGACGGGUUCGUACGAUGGCUGCGCUCGUAUCUGGACAGAGCACGGUACUCUAAAGCACGUAUUGGAAACCCAUACCGGCCCGCUUUUCUCUCUAAAGUGGAACAAGAAAGGAAACUAUCUGCUAUCGGGUUCUGUCGAUCACUCUACCGCAGUUUGGAAUGCAGAGACAGGACGCUGCGUGAAACAGUUUUCAUUCCACGAAGCUCCAACUCUUGACGUCGAUUGGAAAGACGAUGAGACCUUUGCCUCAUGCUCUACGGACAAAAUGAUCUAUUUAUGCUCGUUAGAGUCCAAUGUACCAGUUCAAAGAUACUGCGGUCACGAAGAUGAGGUCAAUUGCUUGAAGUUCGACCCAUCCGGAAGUUUGCUGGCAUCGUGUUCGGAUGACUACACUGCAAAAAUCUGGAGUACCAAGACGGCUCAAGUCGUUUAUAACUUGCGAGAGCACACCAGGGAGGUAUAUACUAUGCAAUGGUGCCCCAGCGUGAAUAGGAGACUUGUUCUGGCGACGGCAUCAUUUGAUUCUAUGGUGAAGCUAUGGGAUGUGAACACCGGGCGAUGCUUGAAAACUUUGGCUGGACAUUCAGACCCUGUAUAUUCAUUGGCAUACAGUCCAAAUGGCCAGUUUCUAGCGAGCGGUUCAUUUGAUCGUUGCUUAAAUAUCUGGAGUGUGAAGGACGGCACUCUUGUGAAGAAGUUCCGAGGGGAUGGAGGGAUUUUUGAAGUUGCGUGGAAUCCGGCCGGCGACAAAGUAUCAGCUGCAUUUAGCAGUAACACCGUCGUUGUUAUUGAUCUGCGGAAAAUGCAAGCAAGCACUGUGAAAGCUUUACUAGGUUAUCUUCUGGGUACGAAUGUUGCCCAGACAAGUCCUCUUUGUGUCCGCAAGCAGCCGCCAGUUAGCAUGGAACAUUACCUGCCCGCGCUUUUCCCUCUGCCCAUAUUAUUCCCCUGUAUUCCGUAA